AUGAUUUUGGAGGAGCAGAGAUUCCUUCAUGAGGACCUGGAGAGGCUGGAGCAGGGCAUCAGUGACCGCGUUGCUGAAGAGCCACGACAUAUUCGUGAGCGCCUGAGCAGAGAUCAUCAGGUCGCAGGCUUCCUCGAUCGCAUUCAAGACCAAUCGAAACGACUCCUCGAGAUCUACAAAGAUGCGGACGGUGCGCGAACGAAAGAGAUCCAGUCCAUAUCCACUGGGGAGCCUCUGGAGGAAUUUUACAAGCAGCUCUCUGAGAUUAAGUCGUUCCAUCAACGGUACCCAAAUGAGCCAGUAGAGAACCUGGAGCGGGCGUACAAGAAGAAGGCGACUGGAGAAGGCGAGGCACUAACGUAUGAUAUCGAUAACCUGUUCACCGGAGAAGAAGCAUUUGGCAAAUAUCUGGAUCUUACCACCAUCCACGAGACAUACCUCAACCUACCCAACAUUAAACGAGUCACCUACCUUCAGUACCUGGACGCCUUCGAUAUAUUCGUACCCCCAUCAUGCUCUGUGAAACGCGCCGACAAGAUGACCGAUAGGUAUUUCACGUAUGUUGGUGACUUAGCUUCAUAUCUCGAGAGCUUCAUGCGACGGACAAGACCACUAGAGGAUCUGCCGAAGCUGUUUGAGAGCUUCGAUCUUGACUUUGACAAGGCUUGGAACGACGAUGAUAUCCCCGCUUGGAGACCAGAGCCCGUUGGACCUUCUAAAGGACCCACAGAUGAGCUCUACUGCGCAGACUGCGCGAAGGACUUCAAGAAUGACAAUGUUUUCAAGGCCCAUUUGACAGGGAAAAAGCACAUUCGGGCAGCCGAGGCCAGGGCAGCUCUGCAAGCCGAGUCUGGGGGUGAUGCCGAGAAGGGGACAGCUAAGAAGGGCACCAGCUCUCUGCGGCUCAAAGAACGCGCGAUUGCGGAGCGGGAGUACCGAGUCAAGCGGCUGGCAGCCGCAAUGUCGCAAGAACGAAGCGAUACGCGGGUUAACGUCGAGCGGAAACAGGGCAUGACCGAACGAGAGCGACAGAUGGAGUUGGAUGCACUCUUUGCGGAAUCGUCUUCUGUGGCCCCUCAAGGUGGCGAUUCUGACAGUGAGUCUGACGGCGACGAGAAGAUCUACAACCCCCUGAAGCUUCCACUGGCCUGGGAUGGAAAGCCGAUUCCGUUCUGGCUGUACAAGCUGCACGGUCUUGGCGUUGAGUUCAGAUGCGAGAUCUGUGGCAACUACGUUUACAUGGGCCGAAGAGCGUUCGACAAGCAUUUCAACGAGACCCGACAUAUCUACGGAUUGAAGUGCUUAGGGAUCACGAACACGAGCUUGUUCCGAGAGAUUACCGAAAUUGCCGAUGCCGUCAAACUCUGGGACAAGAUCACGAGGGACAAGCAAAAGGGCAAGAGAGAUGAGGGCAGCGUGGUUCAGAUGGAGGAUGCAGAGGGUAACGUGAUGCCCGAAAAGGUAUACUACGACUUGCAGAAGCAAGGUCUGCUAUAG